GACUCUAUCAAAUUUAAUCGCAAAGUGUGUGCCGUUGACAUAAAUGUUUUUUUUUGUCGACCAGAAAAGCAUCACAAGCUGCAUCUGUGUAUAGUACCCGUCCCAUUCAUGUGCAUCCUACACUGCGCAGUUAUAGUUGCUAGUUGAGUUAUCAACGCUCACGCGGAAGGGUGCCGUUUGGAAUCCCGCUUUAGCAGAAGAUUCUAUCUGAGGCUGUAAAUCAUUGCUUUUGGUUUGAUUUGUUCGAACUGUGCCUCGAUCAGUACCAGAAGUGAUUUGGCUAGUGACGGUUCAGCAAAGCAGUAUUCGCGCCGUAUUCAGCCGGAAACAACAACCAUGGCAGAUCAGAACAAGGAAAUUGAAAAGUUAAUGGAGCUUGAUCCAUACCUCAAGUUGCACGAAACAGAAAUCAGACGAAGAAACAAUGAGCUUCGUAACUGGACUAAUAAACUGAACCAGCUGGAAGGAGGAUUAGAAGAGUUCACUCAAGGUUACAAGUACUAUGGUUUGCACAUUGCUCCCGAUAACAGUCUAGUAGCACGCGAGUGGGCACCGGGGGCCAAACAACUCUAUCUGACCGGAGAUUUUAACAACUGGCAGUGGGAGGCCACUCCCUAUAAACAACUUCCUUUCGGAAAAUGGGAGCUUGUUCUCCCACCCAAUGCCGAUGGCUCAUGUGCUAUCAAGCAUCUGUCCGAGAUCAAGGUAAUCGUACGCAAGCAGGACGGUCAGUUAGUCGAUCGGCUUUCACCGUGGGCAAAAUAUGUAGUGCCUCCGCCGAAAACGCUUGGUGUCAACUACCAGCAACGGGUGUGGCAUCCGCCGGCGCACGAAAAGUAUAUGUUCCGUCACCAGAAACCAGCUAGACCACGGGCACUGAGAAUUUACGAGUGCCAUGUCGGUAUCGCUACCGAGGAGCUUGGCGUAGGAACGUAUAAAAACUUUGCCGAUAACAUCGUUCCACGCAUCAAGAACCUCGGUUAUAAUACAAUCCAGGUAAUGGCCAUCAUGGAGCAUGCUUACUAUGCCAGUUUUGGCUAUCAGAUCACUAGUUUUUUUGCUGCUAGCAGCCGGUAUGGCACUCCAGAGGAGUUGAAAUAUAUGGUUGAUAAGGCUCACGAAGCUGGGCUGUUUGUGCUUUUGGACGUAGUUCAUUCGCAUGCCAGCAAAAAUACGCAGGAUGGUCUUAAUCAGUUCGAUGGUACAAAUUCAUGCUACUUUCACGAUGGCUCGCGUGGUGAACAUACUCUUUGGGACAGUCGCUUGUUUAAUUAUUCUGAGUAUGAAGUACUGCGCUUUCUGCUGUCGAAUCUUCGUUGGUGGCACGAUGAGUACAAUUUCGACGGUUACCGCUUUGACGGUGUAACUUCGAUGUUGUACCACUCACGUGGAAUAGGCGAGGGUUUCUCCGGUGACUAUAACGAAUAUUUCGGGUUAAAUGUGGACACCGAAGCACUCAUCUAUUUGGCUAUAGCGAAUGAGUUUCUGCACAAGUUGGAUCGGAAUGUGAUUACUAUUGCUGAAGAUGUAAGCGGUAUGCCAACGCUGUGUCGUCCCACCUCCGAAGGAGGCGUUGGAUUCGAUUAUCGCUUGGGAAUGGCCAUUCCUGACAAGUGGAUAGAGUUCUUGAAAACGAAGGCAGACGAAGACUGGAAUAUUGGCAACAUGGUUCACACGCUAACUAAUCGGCGUUGGAAAGAAAGUACCGUGGCUUAUGCCGAAUCUCACGAUCAAGCCUUGGUUGGCGAUAAAACAAUAGCAUUUUGGUUGAUGGAUAAAGAAAUGUACACACACAUGUCAACAAUGUCCGACCCGAAUUUGAUUAUCGAUCGUGGAUUGGCGUUGCAUAAGAUGAUUCGUUUGAUUACACAUGCUUUGGGUGGAGAAGCCUAUUUAAAUUUUAUGGGCAAUGAGUUCGGUCAUCCGGAAUGGUUGGAUUUUCCUAGACUUGGAAACAACGAAUCAUACCAUUACGCUCGCCGUCAGUGGCAUCUAGUUGAUGAUAAAAUGCUAAAAUAUCGCUUUUUAAAUGAGUUCGAUCGUGCCAUGCACCACACCGAGGAACGGUACCAUUGGCUGGAUUGCCUUCCGGCUUACGUUAGCUGGAAGCACGAGGACGACAAAGUGAUCGCUUUCGAGCGUAACAAUUUGUUGUUCGUAUUCAAUUUCCAUAACAGCAAAAGCUUCACUGACUACCGUAUCGGUGUUGACCUUGCCGGAAAGUACAAAACUGUGCUUAGCACAGACUGCAAAGAUUUUGGCGGUUUCGACAGAAUCGAUGUGAAUGUCGUGCAUCACACAUUCCCGGAGGGAUGGGCCGGCAGAAGGAAUUAUAUACAGCUGUAUAUGCCCUCGCGAGUAGCGUUUGUUUUGGCACCCCAAUGAAGCACGAUAGAACAAUGAACUGCCAUAAAAUAUGAGUAUUUCCUAGUUCAAUUUGGCUCCCUGGUGAUCGUAACCUUAAAUAGGUUGAGAAAAUAUACCAUAUACCAUAUGCAUGAUAUUCUUAACCUAAUCAAAAAGCUUAAAGUAGAUUUUAUUCAAUAUCAGAUAAACACUAGAAUGCUGUGAAUAAAUAGUU